AUAUUUUGACAUUUACUUCAGCGACAACAAAACAAAAAUUCAGUCGAUUUCAUUCUUCAAAUUUAUUUUUAUCCAUUUCAUUGCUACAAUUCAUAAUAAUGGACAUAAACAAAGUCACUAUUUGUUGUCUCCUCAUACUCUCCAUAUAUACCUGCAGUGUUCUGUCGAUAAGAUGCUAUCAGUGCUCCUCACAACAAGAUCGGAAAGGACAUGACAGCUGCGGUGCCUACAAAAGAUUCAAUAAGACCCAGCACAUAGCCAUAGAAUGCAACAGUGAUGAGUCUCACAUGCCAGGAUCAUUUUGCAUGAAGGUGGUGCAACAGGGCCCAAGGGGAUUCAUUUGGGAUGGCCGUUGGCGACAAGUUAUCAGACGUUGUGCUUCUGUUGCUGAAACUGGUGUAACUGGAGUGUGUAAUUGGGGUGUGUACGAGAACGGUGUCUACUGGGAAGAGUGUUAUUGCGCUCAUGACGCUUGCAAUGGAAGUAAUCGAAUGCAAAUGUCGUUGGGAUUUGCGACUUGUCUGAUUUUAGUGACAAGUUUCUUGUUCUGUAGAAAUUAGUUGACUUUUUUUCGUCGAAAACGCGUAAUCAAAAAUGUACAUCGACAUUUCCGUCCAUAAAAACUAAAGUUUUGUCAAAGAAGAUGCCUCACAAAAGAGUGGGGCUAUCUAGAAUUUUAGGUGUACAUCAACGUUAUCCGUCCAUUAGAAUAAGUUUUAAAUUUUGUACGAAUCUCGAAUUUUGUAAACGAAGGCUUUUUGAUCGAAAAGACAGUUUUCUCUAUAAAAAUAAAAUCAAACAAAAA